AUGGACGUCGACACCCUGGAGGCACAAGCCCCAAAGUCUGCUCCUUCGCCCGAGCCUCCCUCUGGCAAUGAUCCCUCUGAGCCGCCCAAUGGCAAGGGAAACCAGCCGCCAAAAAAGACAACAGUCAGAAAGAGAACCAAGACUGGCUGCCUCACUUGCCGCAGACGGCGAAUCAAAUGCGACGAGGGCAAGCCCACCUGCGGGAACUGCAUCAAGUCCAAGAGACAAUGUGAGGGAUACAACCAGCGCAUUGUCUUCAAGGAGUCUAUGGGGCCGUUUCCUUCUGGCCACCUUUGGGGACAUCCUGUGUACCAUCAGCAGGCCCAGGAGGCCCUUCUGAACGCUCAGCUCUCGGAAGCACAAACCAAGGCUGCCUCGUCACAAGGACCGCUUGCCGCUAUUGCUCCCAAGCCGCUAUCCGUUGAUUUUUCUGGUACCGGGACGCACCCUUACUCUCAGGGCUUUGCGGGACCUUCCAACCAUUCUAUCGCUGGGCCACCCCUCUUUAGCCCGCAGCACAUCGACCCACAACAACAUCACUUGCCUAGCCCGCAGCACCUCGAGCCACAGCAUCACUUGCCCAGCCCGCCGCUCUUGACUCCCAAUACUGUUCAGUAUCCCGACCAGUAUCCUUCACCUGGGGACGGGUUGCCCUUCUCGGACUAUUAUGGAGCUCAGACUCAACAGCCGGUUAGCGCUCUUGGACAUGUCUCCCCCAUUCAUGGUCACCAUGGUCAAUAUUCUCAUCCUCAACCCCAUUCCCAUGACCAGGGCUAUGGUCAUGGCCAUGGCCAAGAGAUCCGGCAGGGUGUUGAGACACCACAGUUGGCUUCGCCAGAUACGGCAGCGGCACUCAGCGGCACUGUGUCUGUGGAAGAAGGAUACUGGCAGUCUGACGAUGAAGCUUCCAUGAUGGCAUCAGACGAUGAACAAGUGCCGAUAGACCCGCACAGCAGCCAUCUCGAGUCUAACGAUCUCGGUAUCCUCGUGGCUCGGCGUCUCGACACCGACGGUGAUGCCUACGGCGUUCACAUCCGGUCCUUUGCCGGUCACAAUGCCACCAACGUCCUCGACACGUACAUGCCGUCGUCAGCAAACUCACCCCUCAACGACUCCCAAACCGCCGCCAUCUUCUGGUACUUUGUCAACGUCACAGGCCAAAGCAUGUCUCUCUACGAGCGCCACCCCUUUGACCCCACCCCCAUGUUCCAAGGACAGCCCGUCGCCAAGGAGCGGCAACACAUCUGGACCUAUACUUUCCCCAUCAUGGCGUUCAACCACCCGGCCCUCAUGCAGGCGAUGCUCGCGCUGGGUAGUCUGCAAAUGGCCAAGCUCCAGGGCCACCCCCCAACAGCAGCGAUGAAGCACUACCACUUGAGUCUCCGACGUAUCGCUAAGAACUAUCAAAGUCCUACUCGACGGAUCCAACCAGCCACUCUGGCAGCUACUUUGCUGCUUGGCUUCUACGAGGUGUGGAACUCGGAUCACGAUAAAUGGUGUAAACACAUGUGGGGCGCUCGCGCGAUCCUGAAGGAGCUUCCCCUACGGCAAAUGACGCGUGAUAUUCUCACUCUGAAGCGGAGACAGCGGGAGCAAGCGAGGCGUAAUCACCAGUGUGAUGAGUUUUGUUUCGACUCGCGUCAUCAUGAGCAAAAGGAUGACUGGCCGGAGCCGGACACGGAGUUUAUUGAGAGUCUGACGGGGUUGAAGGUUGAUUAUGGCGGGGGGGAGGGGUAUGUUGUUGUUGGGGGGGAGGAGAGGGUGAGGAGGUUGACGGAGAGGGAUGUUGAAAAGUAUGAGCAGAUUAGGGAUUUGUAUUGGUGGUAUUGCAAGAUGGAUAUUUAUCAGAGUUUUCUGGGGGGGACGAGGCCUUUCAUGAAUUAUGAGGCGUGGACGCAGUGUAUUCCUAGGGGGCCGUUUGGGAAGAUUGAUUCGAUUUAUGGGACUUUUGACCAUUUGAUGUUGUUGUUGGGACGGUUGGCGAGUUUUGCGUCGAAGGAUUUGACGAGGAAGAGGAAGGCGAGGAAGUAUGGGCCGCCGCCUGGAGCUUCAGGUGGUCCUGGCGGUCCUCCUGGUAGUGGUCCUCCGGGUGGUCCUCCUGGUGGUUUUGAGGGUGGUCCCCCAGGAAGAUUCCCCGGCGGUGGUCCUCCUGGUGCCGGCCCGCCCGGAACUUUCCCCGGCGGCCCCCCGGGACCCGGCCAGGGAAGAGGUGCAUCUCCACCCCCCUUCACCGGCCUAAUGCCCUCCUCGGGCACCUUCGACAUCCCCAAAGGCUUCUCUCCACCCCGGGAGUCCACCCCUCCCCCGGACUCUUCUUCCUCCUCGGAAGAACCAGAAGACUUCUCCACCUCGACCGCCAAAGCUCUCCAAGAAUGGGAAUCCAUCCGCGCCGCCUUUGAGCUCUUCCGCUCUAAGCUCGGCCCCGACUUUGAGCCCAUGGGUCCUGACUUCGCGCCCCCAGACAUGACCCCCUUUGGCCCGGCUUUGAUCUACAGGACUUACAGCAUCGCGGGGAUAUGGAUGAAUUACUACAUGGGGCUGAUUAUUUUGCACAGAAGCCACCCGUCGAUGCCCCCGAUUGCAAUAUAUGCCGCCGGCAUGGCGGCGCAGCAGACGGGGAGGUGGGCUAAUGAGAUUGCGAGGAUCGCGGCGGGGUUGCAUGAGGAUACCACGCAUGUUAGUGCUGUGAGCACGCUGGUGGGUGCGGCGUUUAUAGAGAGCUGUUUUUGCUUGUUUGUGGCGGGGGUGCAGUUCCAAUCCCUCCCCCAACGCCACUUCACCAUCCGCCGCCUCCGCGACAUAGCCCGGCUAACAGGCUGGCAAUCCGCCCGCCAAAUCGCCGACGGCUGCGAGUCCGGCUGGAACAAAGCCGCCUCCCUCGGCCGCGGCCCACCCUACCACUCACCCCCCGAGCUCGGCCCCUUAUUCCCAGACAACAUCUGGAACCGUCCCCGGCGUAUCGAUCGCCGGAUCCGCGAGAUUGAAGCCUCGGAAGAAGCCCCAGACGGGAAACUCGUCCUGGCAAAAACAGAACAAGCCCACUACGCGCUUGGGCUGCUGAGCGUGGAGCGGGAUUUGGAUGAACUGGUAAUUGUUGAGGAGGAGGAUGAGAAGAGGAGGAAGGGGGGGAACUAG